UGCCUGAAGAUUACACUGUCAAGGAAGCAGAACUGAAAAUGGGCAGCUUGCUAGGGCUGUGUCGUGGGAAAGCUCCAACUUCCACUCAGCUCUUCUUAUAUUUUAUUGUUGGGAGUGACCAAAACGCAAGCCCUGAGAUGGAGAUCGUUGUGGAAGAGACUGCCUCUGUCAAAGAGUGUCUAAAUUUAAUGCUGGAAAAAUCUGGAUUAUCAGGUGACAACUGGCACUUGAGAAGGAUUGACUGGUGCUAUGAAGCAGGGGAAGCCUUAAGUCAGGAAAAUGCCACUCUGAAGGAGCUGAAUGUUUGCAGAGGAGAUACUUUGGUUAUAACUGAAGGGAAGCUUCCCCCAAAGGGUUUCCUGAAAAUACCGAUCUGGUGGUUCAAGUCUUCGACUCAUAUGAAACACGGAGAGAAUGCACAAGACCAAGUGAAUGGGAUGACCUGCCAGAUGGAUGCUUUGCAGAUGUCACCUGCAGGAGAUUCACCAGAAUCCAUCCACACAGACAUGGAUCUCUGUUAUGCUGGCAGUAUAGAAAUAGCAGGAGAAGCUUCUUUGGAAGAUCUGAAAAUGCAGGCUAUGACCCUGUGCCAGGAGCAGGUUGUCCCACUGCCCUCAUUUCUCAGAGCAUGGACAGUGGAAAACAAGCGCCCAGGCAAGCUCUUACGAAACAACAAGCAGCAGCUCAAUGACUAUAAGCUGGGCUCCCGAGUGGAAAUCUGCAUAGAAGCUUUGCAAAAAGAAGAGCAUUUGGGCCCCCAUGAACUGCUGCUUCGAGUCCAGAUGGGCAUACCAGGGGAGAGGGACUACUACGACUCUACAGAUUUGGUGUGGGAUAUCUCCAAAGAGUGCACAACCUGGGCGCUGAGGCAACGAGUGGCUUCUCACUAUUGUCUCCCCGUAGAUAAAAUCGAAAUAGCCAAAUACUUCCCGGAAAAAUUUGAGUGGCUGCCAAUAUCUAGCUGGACACAGCAGAUUUCAAAGAGGAAACGGAAGAAAAAGCAGGAGAGUUUACAGUCAGCGCCUUAUCACCUGAAAGAUGGAGAUGUCAUUGGUGUGAAGAACCUUCUCCUUGAUGACAGUAAGGACUUCAGCACAGUGAGGGAUGAUGUUGGAAAAGAGAAACAAAGGCAGCUUGCAUUAGAAAAAAAGAAAAGUCGGCAAGCCGAACGCUUACAGAACCAUGGUUUCUCCGAGGAGAAGCUGAGUAUUAAGCACCGUAAACCAGAAGUGGCCCUUUCUAUCAAUGUGGGAGUUUUCAGAUAGCAACAGGAGAUGAUUCGCUGCCCAGACCGUACGACCGAUGCACUCAGUUGGAAUGGAGCACCCCAACUGGACCAGGAAGAGGGUCUGGCCCAAAGUGUCAUCAAGAAAUCGCCGAGACAAACUGGAUAUAGGAUUCAGGAUAACUCUUGAUUUUCCUUCUAAUCUCUCUUGGGGAAGUGCUUUAGCGUCCCUUUAUCCAUGUGGUACUUACUCUCAGGCUAGGUAAAUGCACUUUAUCCAUGAGAAAAACGGAUUAAUAUAUUGUAUAACGUU